CUUUCUCCUCUCAUUACUGAUGAAAUAUACACAAUCUGCCCUUUUGUUUGGAGUGUUGCCCCUCUCGUCCAAUCAAAUUGAAGAAAACGGAAUACUUCGGUUGUUACCUGUAUUAUCUAAGCAGGAAAGCGAAAGUUACCGAAGGUCUUGACACAGGAUCCGGCAGAAAUUGGUUGCAUCUAGUUAAAAGAAGUAGUGCAAUUUUCAACAAAGUAAAGAAUGGCAAGUAGUCUACUGAGACUAGGACACCUGAAAAAUGUUUCGGCCCUAAAGGGUUUGAACAGACUUUAUUCCACAAGUUCAGCGCCAACAACAAAGUUAUUCAUUGAUGGGAAAUUUGUGGAGUCUAAGACUGACAAAUGGAUCGAUCUCCACAACCCUGCCACAAAUGAAGUGGUGACACGUGUCCCUGAGUCAACAAAAGAUGAAAUGGCCGCCGCUGUCGCUUCCUGUAAACGAGCUUACACGGACUGGUCCCAAACCACCAUCCUCACUCGACAGCAAAUGAUGUUUAAGUUGCAGAAUCUCAUCAGAGACAAUCUAAGUGAUAUUGCAAAGAACAUUACCAAAGAGCAGGGGAAAACUUUGGUAGAUGCGGAGGGAGAUGUUAUGAGAGGACUUCAGGUUGUCGAGCAUUGUUGUAGCAUCACCUCCCUUCAGCUUGGGGAGACAUUACCUGGAAUUGCCAAGGACAUGGACACAAUGACCUUCAGAGUUCCUCUUGGUGUGACAGCAGGAAUCACUCCAUUCAACUUCCCAGCCAUGAUUCCUCUCUGGAUGUUCCCGAUGGCCCUGGUGACAGGAAACACGUGCUUGAUGAAACCUUCUGAGAGGGACCCUGGGGCCUGUAUGAUGUUGAUGGAGAUGGCCAAUGAAGCGGGUUUCCCAGAAGGAGCGGUGAACGUGAUUCAUGGCAGACACGAUGCUGUGAACUUCAUUUGUGAUAACCCAGACAUCAAGGCAAUUUCCUUUGUGGGGUCUGACCAAGCUGGACAGUACAUUUAUGAGAGAGGAUCACAAAAUGGCAAGAGAGUACAGUCCAACAUGGGAGCCAAGAACCAUGGUGUUAUCAUGCCAGAUGCAAACAAAGAAAAUUGUCUGAACCAGUUGGUAGGGGCAGCUUUUGGUGCAGCUGGUCAGAGAUGCAUGGCUUUAUCCACUGCUGUGUUUGUUGGCGAAGCAAGGAACUGGAUCCCCGAAUUAGUGGAGAAGGCAAAGAAACUGAAGGUCAAUGCUGGUCAUGAGCCAGGAGCCGACUUGGGCCCUCUGAUUUCACCUGAAGCCAAGCAGAGGGUGUGUGACCUCGUUCAGUCUGGCAUCGACCAGGGAGCCAAACCCCUUCUUGAUGGAAGAGAUGUGAAAGUACCUGGUUAUGAGAAGGGUAACUUUGUCGGCCCAACAAUCCUCCAUUAUGUCAAGCCGGAGAUGAAAUGCUACACAGAGGAAAUAUUUGGACCAGUCUUAGUCAGUAUGGAAGUGGAUACACUUGAUGAUGCAAUCAAACUCAUCAACGAUAACCCUUACGGCAAUGGUACCGCCAUCUUCACAACAAACGGAGCUACAGCACGAAAGUACACCAUGGAGAUUGAUGUAGGACAGGUGGGAGUCAAUGUCCCCAUUCCCGUGCCUUUGCCAAUGUUCUCCUUCACCGGAUCCCGAGGAUCUUUCAGAGGAGAUAUGAACUUCUAUGGAAAAGCUGGCAUUCAGUUUUAUACACAGCUGAAGACGGUGACCCAGAUGUGGAGGGCAGAUGAUGCUACCGUCACUGGCUCUCAAACCGCCAUGCCCAUCAUGAGAUAAACAUUUCGUGACUUCCAAUUGUCCAGAUUUCUCGUGUUUGACCUUGAUACUUUUGUGCAUUGCUGAACAAAUCUAGCACCUCCUCUCACAGCUACAAACUUGUGUUGAUAAUAUAGUAAUGCUACAUGUUUAAGAAGACUUGUGUAUAAAUAGUAUAGACAUACAAAUGAUUUGUGGCCAUAUGGUGCAAGUGAUAUUUGUGUGAAAUGUUGUAAUAUUCAUCUGUGGCAUUGAUUGCUCACAUAUAUUUAUACAGAAUAAAAAUUAACAAUAAAGGGC